AUGUACGGGGAGUCGACNAAAAAGAACGGACUCUCCAAAAGCGCUCGAGCUGGUGUCAUCGCCGCUGUAGUCAUCGUCGUCGGCAUCAUCCUCCUUCUCAUAGGCUGGUUCUUGUGGCGCAACCGCAAGCUCAAGUACACCAAAGACUUAGCAGAAGCACAAGAAGGAGUACCGGCAUGGCCAACAAAAUGGCCCACAAGAGCAAGGCCUACGGCCACCUCUACGCAAUCGAGGAAUGGCCAUGGCGAACCGGUUGAGCUGGUACCGCCGGCCUAUGAUAUUGCUCAACCAUUGCCAACGUAUGAGGCGCCGCGAUCAAAUCAGGAUGUGCUGGAGUCUCAUGAGUUGGUCAACAUGUCACAUGGAUACGAAAGGCACGAACCAACACGCCAGAAUGUGUAG